UCAUAAUCAAUUACAGCUGUUUAUAUCCAAUUAGAAAAGAUGUUGAUCUGGGGGAAAAUAUUUUCUUACGUGUUAUUUAUAUUUGGCAGAUUAUUGUUUAUUUCAAUCGUAACUGCAUCGCCUAUUGAAUGUCCAGGAGAAGCUGUUAAUGAAAUACGUCAACAAGCUGAACAAUAUGAGUUAUCAUUUCUUUUUUAUCAUGUAUCGUGGAGCGAUGAUAGUCGAAUAGCCCGAAAGGUAUACGAACACAUUGCACAUUAUUACCGGGAAAACAUUUUUUUCGCUACCAUCGAUUGUUAUCACCUUGCAUGCAACUGCAGUAAAACGCACACGUCUGCGCUUGGCUCAGGAGCUCCAAACAAAUGGCCAACUUUAUUAGUACAAUACGGUCAACGAAUUCGUUUACAAUAUAACGGGGAUUGGAGUUCAACAGCUCUUCAUAUCUUUAUUGACAACCUGUUUCUACCUGUGGAAAGAUUACAUUCAAGGAGUGAAUUAAAAGAAAUGAGAAUGGAAAGAGAUGCUGUAGUAUUGGGAGUUUUUCCUGAUCUCUUCCAACCUGAGUUUCGGAAGUUUGUAAGUGCAGGCGUCAAAUGGCUAGAAAUUGAUCCAGAGUCAAAUUUUCGAUUUGCCACAACAUUUGGAACACCAAUGGAUAUUAUUAUUGACAAAGUGAAUAAUAACAACCAAACACAAUCACAAAUUUUACUCAUCACUAAUAAAGAUAUAGAGCUGUUACCAAAAGAUUGGAACGUUAGCAAUAUCGUUUCGUGGUUAAAAUCUAAGGUGUUGCUGUCAGUUAAUUCUUUGUACGGUUAUAACUCACCAAAAAAUAUUGCAAGUCAGUUACGCUUGUCGCCCGUAUUGGCUGUAAUUGCGAACGACUAUUUCUACGAAUAUAUGUUUAACUUAACAAAUCCUGAAAUUUCCAUUAAAGACGAAUGUUCUCUAAACUAUUUGCAACAUGAUCUGCUUGUUUUUGAAGAGCUUAAUUAUUUAAGAUAUGCGAUGGACAAAAUUAAAACAUCAAACCCACGCACAUGUAUAGCUAAAGAAUAUGUUAACCUAUGGAAUUUACGAUAUUACUACGGCUUAAACGCUCACCUUAAGCGAUUGAUGUGCCAAUUGAGUGAUAACUGUGACAAUGAAAAUGGAUUGGAAUUCAAUAUUAAGCAACUUACAAAAUGUUUACGAAGCAAAAAAUUUAAUUCGCCCAAAAGAAAAAUAGCAGCCGCAAAAUAUUUAAAAAAAUUUGUCGAAGCAAAUUUGGUCGAUUUCAGGUCGAACCAAAAUCAAUCAUUAUCUGUUGUUAUUUUGGAUGAAGUUAAGCACAUGGAUUUUUUUCAAACUUUGGGAAUUAAGGAGACGAAUGUAAAGAGCUUAGUAACAAUGAUAAUAGCUGAUCGCUUGAAAGAAAGUAUUUUUUUGUCGCAAGAUUUAUUUGAAUACGACAAGUUGGAAAACUUUGUACGGGGUUAUUAUAAUAAUAGCCUUACAGCGUAUAAAACAAGUAGUUACUUUAAAAUAAAAACAGAAAUACCUCAAAACAAGGUUUUUAUUGAAAACGUUAACAGUGAAAUAUUCAUGAAAAAAAUAGAGCAGUCCAAUUUAACCACAAUUUUACUGCUUUAUUCGCCGUUAUGUACAUUCUCAGCACUUGUAUCACAGGCACUUAUACAAUUAUCAGCUCGUCUUGACGAUUCGUCAGGCAUUCAAAUCGUACGUAUAAAUACAUCGUUAGAUGAGUUAAGUUGGGAGUUUAAAAUUGAUAAAACGCCCACCUUGAUUGUGUUUCCCCGUGGACGUGCAACGGAUUCUCGAGUAUUUCCAAUGCAUUUAAAGGUGGAUGUGCGAAAUAUAUUUGGCUUUGUAUUGGCUCAAAUGGAACCCUUGGAUCAAUUGAAAGCUUUACUCAGCUAUUGCAAACGCCAAAAACUACACUCACUUCAAAUGAGAAAAUGUUUGGAAUACAUAAAAACUAUAGUUGAAUAUCAAAAAUUCGACAAUAUAGGUAAACAGAAAAUGGAUGUAGAACAAUUUGUUGAAUGGAGCGAUGUAAACUGGCAAUUAAAAACUAUAUUCCCUCUAUAUUAAACAU